AUGUGGAACCUUAAGCAAAGAAAGCAGCCUCUGAUCUCGGACUAUAAAACUGAAUCUUGCCCGGGGGCCACCUGGGAUGCAACCGUGGGAAGCAACGAAACUGGGGGGACUGGGGGCUUUGGUGCUUCUGAUUGGGGAUCCCCAUUGCAGCUGGCUCAGGAAGUUGAGAGCAGCUACUCCUGCUUGGAGGACGAGGAGGAAGAGGGCGAGGAAGAGGAGAAGGGGCUCCCCUCGAUGUUUCCCUUCAGCCCAGCCUUCCCAGCUGGAGCCACCACAUCGUCCUCCGUCCUCAACAUCAACGUGGGCGGGCAAAGCUACCGACUGACAUACCAGGCGGUGGCCAUCUACCCCACCACCCGCCUGGGCCGCUUGGCCACUUCCACCGACCGCUGGCGCCAGCUGGGCCUCUGCGACGACUACGCGGCUCAGGGAGACGAGUACUUCUUUGACCGGGACCCGGCCGUCUUCCAGCUGGUCUACAACUUCUACGCCUCCGGGGUGCUGCGGGUGCGGGACGAGCUGUGUCCCCGCAGCUUCCUGGAGGAGCUGAGCUACUGGGGGGUCCGCCUCAAGUACACGCCCCGCUGCUGCCGCAUCUGCUUCGAGGAGAGGCGGGAUGAGCUGAACGAGCAGCUCAAGGUGCAGCGGGAGCUGCGGGCCCAGGCGGCCGUGCAGGAGAGCGAGCACCUCUUCCGGCACAUGCGCUACGCCGAGCAUCGCUGGCGCCUGUGGAACCUCAUGGAGAAGCCCUUCUCCUCCACCACGGCCAAAGCCAUGGGGGUGGCCUCCAGCUUCUUUGUGCUCAUCUCGGUGGUGGCACUGGCUCUCAACACGGUGGAGGAGAUGCAGCACAGAGACAAGGCCACCCUGGAGAGGAGGCCCUUGCUGGAGCACGUGGAGACCUUCUGCAUCGCCUUCUUCACCCUGGAGUACGUGCUGCGGCUGGUCUCCACCCCGGACAUCCGCUGCUUCGUCAGCAGUGCCCUCAACGCCGUGGACCUCAUUGCCAUCCUGCCCCUGUACCUCCAGCUCCUCCUGGAGCGCUUCGUGGAUGAGGACCAGCCUCGUGGGCAAGGCUCCCAGCACGAAAACGACAUAGAGAAAGUGGGGCGGGUGGGGAAGGUGGGGCAGGUGUUGCGCAUCAUGCGCCUCAUGCGCAUUUUUCGUAUCCUGAAGCUGGCCCGCCAUUCGACGGGCCUGCGCGCAUUUGGCUUCACACUGCGCCAGUGCUACCAGGAGGUGGGCUGCCUCCUGCUCUUCAUUGCGCUGGGGAUCUUUGCCUUCUCCGCCAUGGUCUACACCGUGGAACAUGAUGUCUCCAGCACAAACUUCACCAGCAUCCCCCAUGCCUGGUGGUGGGCUGCCGUAAGUACCUCCCUGGCAAUGCAAUUCUCGUUCCUUCUCCCCACCCUUUCACUUGCAAGCGUGCCUGUUUUGGCAGUGGCAGGGUCCCGGUCCCCCCCAUGCCUGGCUUUCCAAACAUCUGUUCAGAGUGUUGACUUUACAGAACAUGCAUGCAUGCACACGCACCCGUCAGCUGGAAGCUUUCCUAUAGUAGAUCAGGCUAAAAUCAGUGCCGCUCAGCUUGAACCGGAGAGCUCUUUGCGGCUGUGCCACAGAAUUUGUGCUGCUUCUCGCUGAGAAAGGGGAAGAAGGAAACGAGAAGGGAAAGCACAUGUCUGCCUGGCCUCAACUUUGCCGUGACUUAUCUGUGCCUACUUGACAGCUUGCUGCUGGUAUUUUUGUAGCAGAUACAUAAGGGAGGCUGUGGGGGUGAGUUUACAAGUGAGUUUACAAGUGAGUUUACAAAAGCAGCUCUGCUCAGUGGUUUAGCGAUGCAAUCAAAAGGGGGCACAUAUUAGCUCUCACCCAGCAGUUAAAAAGAUGAGGCUGGGAAUCUGGGAAAAAGGUGAGGCUGGGAAUCUGUCCCUACAGAAGUUUUGUUUCGUUUCCAAAUGUGCCUGUGGAUGAACAAUUUCGAGAUAGGAAAAUAAGAGCAGCUGUCCGUCACAAGGCUUUCCAGACAGCUGGUGAUCGCAGCUACAACACAGCCCAAAAUUAUUAUUUUUUAAAUUGCAUUUGCACUGAGCCAGCCGCAGACAAAAAUAACAAAACGGGAAGACCCUCUGGCUCAGUUGCUUGUAAUGCAAUACGGAGCUUAUAAUUUAUAGGUCCCUAGUUGAAAUGCAUCCUAAGCCACCAGGGAUGGGAAAAUGGACAUUUCUUCUAGCGCAGCUGGAGGAAUCAGGAGGUCUUAGUAGCCCGAGGACAGAGGCUGAUCCUGCAAAUAGUUCAGCAAUAAGAGCACAGGAACAAAGCCUUCCAUGGACUGGGACAUCAAGCUCAGGGUUGACUACACUGGCGGGUAGCUAGCACCAAGCUUUAUACAGAGCUCUACCCCUUGAGUUUUCGGAUUUUCCAUAUUGCUUUGGUGUCCAAAGUCUUUGCUGAGUCACCAGCACUAAUCAAAUGUGAAGGCAACAAGGCGAUCACUUCACUAAAACAAAAAAAAACCCUGUUCCUUGUGCCUGUGUCCACAUUCUUCCCAUGGAAACUUCCCUGCAUAUGGCAAAAUGCUGGCACAUGUGAAAGAUGGUGCAUGGGAUUUGUAUAGUUUUCAGCAGCACAAACAUCUCCUGCAAUCAAACUCAUCUUGUGUGACGUGACCUUGAUUGACCCCUUUGGAUAGGUAAAUAAAUCCAAGUUUGGAGCAGGUUCAGGGAGUGUUAACUUUGGACAGCAGAUUAUGUAAACAGACUUGUGAGCAGAAACUAGAAGUGCUACAGAAACUAGAGAAGCUAUAGAAUAUAAAUUGCAUCCUGCCAAUUUAUGAAAGCAUGUUAGAGCUUAGCUGGAAAGCUCUUCUGAUAACCCUUCCCCUUUAAGGCUAAUAUAUAUGGUGUGGGGGGAUAGAUAGAUGAUAGAUAGAUAGAUGAUAGAUAGAUAGAUAGAUAGAUGAUAGAUAGAUAGAUAUAGAUAGAUAGAUAGAUAGAUAGAUAGAUAGAUAGAUAGAUAGAUAGAUGAGAGAGAGAGAGAUGAUAGAAGAAGAAGAGUUUGGAUUUGAAAUCCCGCUUUAUCUCUACCCGAAGGAGUCUCAAAGCGGCUAACAUUCUCCUUUCCCUUCCUCCCCCACAACAAGCACUCUGUGAGGUGAGUGGGGCUGAGAGACUUCAAAGAAGUGUGACUGGCCCAAGGUCACCCAGCAGCUGCAUGUGGAGGAGCGGGGAAGCGAACCCGGUUCCCCAGAUUACGAGUCUUUUGCUCUUAACCACUACACCACACUAGAUAGAUGAUAGAUUGAUAGAUAGAUGAUAGAUAGAUAUGAGAGAGAGAGAGAGAGAGAGAGAGAGAGAGAGAGAGAUCAUGAAUAUGGUCAUCCAUUAGCUGCUAAGCAUUUUCAUUUUAGGCAAUUGUGAUUAAUCUAGAAAGAAGUUUAUUGUUUCCACAAAUAAGUCCUGCAACAUCGGGAGGGCCACUGUUCUAAAGGGAGUGGCCUGUUUGGAGGUCAAAGGUUUCCUACCCCUGGCUUAGCAGGUAUUGUUCUGGGAAGAAAAAUGACAAUCACACGGUAACUCGCAACCACCCCAUACAUUGAAAGCACUCUUGCACCACUUUAACAGUCAAGGCUUCCCCCCAAAGAAUCAGGGGAGCUGAGAGUUGGCAGGAGAUGCCCUCUUAGAACUGUGAUUCCAGCACCUAUAACUGUUCCCGGGGUUCUUUGUGGGGAGGCAGCACUCUGAAAGUGGUAGAAGUGUUUCAAAUGAAUGUUGUGGGUGUGACCAAUGAACACCAGCAAUGGGAACAACUCCAGCAUGAGGCUGCAGGCAGAGCUUUUCUUCUAGGAAAAAAAGUGUUGGUGUUGUAUGUCCUUGAGAAGUCCCAGAAAAAAAGCACUGGUUGCAGGAAUGUCUAUCUAAACCCAUCUUCUCAUCCUGGUGGUUGGUCUGGGCUGGUGGCUGUUGGCAUAACGAACCCUCCCAAACUCCAAAUCCCACUCUCCUUCGUCUUCCCCAUGCUCCAACAGUGGAGCAGAUGCCCAUUCCCCAUGCUUGAAUCCUGCACAGCUGCAGACACCUGUAGACAACAGCAGCACCUAGUUCUCUGUGUGUAUUUUUCACUUGGCCCAGUCAAGGUGAGGAGGACCAAAGCAGGUGCCAAAAGCCGGGAGACAAGCUGGGGAAAGAGGGCGGUGCCCAAGUGGGGGGAAGUGGCUGGGGAGGGAGGCACCAACUUGCAGAAAAUAUUGGGGUCCAACCCCCCAAAAUAUUUUAUUGGGGGGCAAAGGGACCAGGGCCCCACAGAGUUGAUGCCUAUCCUUCCUCUGAUCCUCAUCUCACCAAGGCAUAAAGAAACACACGUGAAAAAUUCCCCACCAGGACUCCUGGCUCUCUCAUCUGGCUGUUUAUUUUCGGAGAUCUCCCUCCUGCAUUAACAUUCAAUUCCAGUGAGUUAAUUUCCAUCAGGCCACAAAACUAAUCCCUUUUAGACCAUCAAAUGCGCCAGGUGCAUCCGACAAAUAAGCUCGCUUGCUGCAGGCUCAGGGAGGGAGCAGGACGUUUCACUCAUCUGAAACAUCAGGCUCCUUUUUCUUUGGGUGAAAAGAGGAAAAUGCCCUCCCCACUGCAUGGCUGCCUUUCCAGUGAAUAUUGCACUGGAUGCUGCCAGACGGAAGCCAAGGCACUAAAAAGGGAAGGAGAGCCCAAUGCACAUUCCGUCUGGAGCCAUUUCUUUCACUGUUUUCUCAACAUCCCUAUAAUACCUUGGCAUGGGCUAUAAUAACGAUUGCAGGAUAAGGUCAGCAGAAAGACAAAUGCAGAGUGAGACGCCAUUCUUCGGACAAAACAGGUCAGUGCUGGGUUCCCAGCACUCGGCUCUUCCACCACCAUCCACCCAUCUCUGCUUUUCCCCAUCUCUUGCAGCUUUAAGAGUCCCUGAAAACAGGGGGCGGAUUCAGCUCCUUGUUUCGAUCUGGCCUCCUCUUCCUCCACCAACCCCCUGUCCACCCUGCAAACAUUCCUUCUCCAAGUUGCAGGAGUAUCAACAGGAGAAGCUGCCUUCCUGGCAAGCGUUCCUGAAGAUAGGUAGAGCAGAGGGGGGAGAGGCCAAAGUGUACUUAGGGAGACAGCAGAACCAAGAACCUUGACGGCCUGGAUACGGUGACUGGGAGUGGCCGCCGGGACCACAUAACACCGGUCCUGAAAAACCUACAUUGGCUCCCAGUACGUUUCCAAGCACAAUUCAAAGUGUUGGUGCUGACCUUUAAAGCCCUAAACGGCCUCAGCUCAGUAUACCUGAAGGAGCGUCUCCACCCCCAUCAUUCAGCCCGGACACUGAGGUCCAGCGCCGAGGGCCCUCUGGCGGUUCCCUCAUUGCAAGAAGUGAGGUUACAGGGAACCAGGCAGAGGACCUUCUCAGUAGUGGCGCCCACCCUGUGGAACACCCCCCCCUUCAGAUGUGAAGGAAAUAAGCAGCUAUCCUAUCUUUAAAAGACAUCUGAAGGCAGCCCUUCAGAACAAUAAUGCUGUAUUGUUUUUAACACUUGAUUGGGAGCCGCCCAGAGUGGCUGGAGAAACUCAGCCAGAUGGGCGGGGUAUAAAUAAUAAAUUAUUAUUAUUAUUAUAUUAUGGGAAGGAGGCGCUGCUGCCCUGUCGUUUUUCACGAAUGAGGGACCUGGGAGAAACAAAAGGUGACUGGCUUGUUUAUUACAUUCCUAUGUGAAUUACCCUGUGGCCUUUUUGGCAAAAGGUGGCAAAUAAAUGUCUUAAAACAAAUUACUCCUAAAAUAAACGAAGCUCCACCAUAAUUCUGAAACAGGCAGAUUGACUUCAAUGCCAGCAUGGAAUUGGUUGCAGUUUUCAACCAGCAUAGAUCAAGGUAAAGGUAAAGGGACCCCUGACCAUUAGGUCCAGUUGUGACCGACUCUGGGGUUGUGGCGCUCAUCUCGUUUUAUUGGCCGAGGGAGCCGGCGUACAGCUUGCGGGUCAUGUGGCCAGCAUGACUAAGCCACUUCUGGCGAACCAGAGCAGCGCACGUAAACACCGUUUACCUUCCCGCCAGAGUGAUACCUAUUUAUCUACUUGCACUUUGACGUGCUUUCGAACUGCUAGGUUGGCAGGAGCAAUGACUGAGCAACGGGAGCUCACCCCGUCGCGGGGAUUCGAACUGCCGACCUUCUGAUCGGCAAGUCCUAGGCUCUGUGGUUUAACCCACAGCGCCACCCGCGUCCCUAUAGACCAAGGUACGGUGGCCCAAACCUAAACAAUAGAUGUUGAAAAAGACACUCGGGAAAGACAUUCCUAGGACCAUAAAUGGGUAGAGAGGGAAAAUAAAUGGUCUGAGGGACCUGCUUCUGUCACCCCCAACCCAGUCCACCACUGCCUGCUUCACAUAAAACCAAGGUGGCAAAUUAGCAGCUGACAAGGAGGGAUGGGGGGGAGGUUGGAUUCAGUUCACAUUUAAAGGUGAACUCACCAAAUGAAAACACAGCUAUCCUUCGACAUUUGCAUUGGUCCGAAUUUUGCAAUGCAGUUCUCCAGCCAAGUAAUUAGUGAAAAUGGCAUACAAAAUGUGUUAUAUUAGUGAAAAUGGCUUUGCAAAAAACAAAUGUAGAUUAGGCAAGUUUGUAUAUGAAAUGGUAUCACACGAGAAAAUUGCAGGGAAAUGCUGGUGACUUUUCAUGAGGAUUUUGUUUGUUUGUUUGGAAAAUUCACAAACUGAUGCAUAACUAUAGAGAACUGAAUUUAGGAUUGGGGAAAUGAGAAAGUGACAUGGACGUGCUUGGCCAUCUUUACUGAGGACACUGCUGUGGCUCAGAAGUUGCUCAAACACACCAUCAUUCAUAGAAAGAGAUCAUUGUCACAUAAGGGAGGGAAAGGCAGCUAAAUGGUGUGCAGUUUAUGUAUGCAUGAGUUCUCUGUGUUGGGAAGAAGUGGUAGUUUGAGAGUCCCCACCAUGGGCACCUUCCUCUGUGCACUGUGACUCCAUCUCUGAUCUUCAGGGAUGGGAAGAGCAGAGGCAGAUUCUCAUAUCUAUUGCAGAUGAAUCUCUCUUUCCUUCCCAACAUUGCAAUGGGGAGGAAAAAAUACCGCCUCUGUCCUUCAGAGACCAGUCUCUAAAUGACCCCUCUCUCCUCAGCAUAGAAAGGUGGCUUGGAUGUUCUGAGUAACUGCCUUGUUUUGUGUUUUCUUUUCAAGGUAAGCAUUUCUACUGUUGGAUAUGGAGACAUGUGUCCGGAAACCCACCUCGGACGACUCUUUGCUUUCCUCUGCAUCGCUUUCGGGAUCAUUCUGAACGGAAUGCCCAUCUCCGUCCUGUACAACAAAUUCUCAGACUAUUACAUCAAGCUGAAAGCGUACGAAUACACAGCCAUACGCAAAGACAGGGGCAAAGUGGAUUUUGCGAGGCGAGCCAUGAAGAAAAUGUCUGAGUGCUGUGGAAACAGGCCAAACCGAUUACCAAGACACAGAUACAAUUAA